AUGGCUUCAACAGGGCAAUCACCGUCACUAAAAAGAAGGGAUGCACCGGUAACAAGAGAAGGAGGGGAUCAGUUAACUCUAACCCCUUUAGGUGCUGGAAAUGAAGUGGGUCGAUCCUGUGUUUAUAUGUCAUUUAAAGGCAAGACUGUAUUGUUUGAUUGUGGAAUUCAUCCGGCUUAUUCGGGUAUGGCUGCUUUGCCUUACUUCGAUGAGAUUGACCCUUCCACUAUUGACGUACUUCUCGUUACACAUUUUCACUUGGAUCAUGCUGCUUCCCUACCUUAUUUUCUAGAAAAGACCACAUUCAGAGGUCGAGUUUUCAUGACUCAUGCGACAAAGGCUAUCUACAAGUUGCUUUUGACUGAUUAUGUAAAAGUGAGCAAGGUUUCAGUGGAAGAUAUGCUGUUUGAUGAGCAAGACAUAAACCGCUCAAUGGAUAAAAUUGAGGUUAUUGACUUCCAUCAGACUCUGGACGUUAAUGGCAUUAAAUUUUGGUGCUACACUGCUGGUCAUGUCCUCGGUGCUGCCAUGUUCAUGGUAGAUAUUGCUGGUGUUCGAGUACUCUAUACUGGAGACUAUUCACGUGAAGAAGAUCGGCAUCUUCGUGCUGCUGAGAUGCCACAAUUCUCUCCUGACAUAUGCAUAAUUGAAUCUACCUAUGGUGUCCAGCUCCAUCAACCUCGGCACAUUCGGGAGAAACGCUUCACUGAUAUUAUCCACUCAACCAUUUCUCAAGGUGGUCGAGCUCUAAUUCCAGCAUUUGCCCUUGGCCGUGCUCAAGAACUCCUGUUGAUCCUUGAUGAGUAUUGGUCAAACCAUCCCGAGCUUCAUAACGUUCCCAUAUAUUAUGCUUCUCCCCUUGCAAAAAAGUGUAUGACUGUUUAUCAGACAUACAUCCUUUCUAUGAAUGAAAGGAUCCGCAACCAGUUUGCGAACUCAAAUCCCUUCAAAUUCAAGCAUAUAUCACCUUUAAAUAGCAUUGAAGAUUUUACUGAUGUAGGCCCGUCAGUGGUUAUGGCAAGUCCUGGUGGAUUGCAGAGUGGGUUGUCAAGGCAGCUGUUUGAUAUGUGGUGCUCUGAUAAGAAAAAUGCUUGUGUUAUACCUGGAUAUGUUGUUGAAGGUACCCUAGCUAAGACAAUAAUUAAUGAACCAAAGGAGGUUCAGCUCAUGAAUGGACUAACUGCGCAACUAAACAUGCAGGUACAUUACAUCUCGUUCUCUGCCCAUGCAGAUUAUGCUCAGACAAGUACAUUUUUGAAAGAGCUCAUGCCUCCUAACAUUAUUCUUGUUCAUGGAGAAGCCAAUGAGAUGGGAAGGCUCAAACAGAAACUUAUCACAGAGUUUGCUGAUGGGAACACCAAAAUAAUCACCCCAAAAAAUUGCCAGUCUGUUGAGAUGUAUUUUAACUCUGAAAAAAUGGCAAAAACUAUUGGGAAGCUGGCUGAAAAGACCCCGGAGGUUGGUGAAACUGUGAAUGGUAUACUAGUAAAGAAGGGCUUCACUUAUCAAAUCAUGGCACCUGAAGAUCUCCAUGUCUUCUCACAACUAUCAACAGCAAAUAUUACUCAAAGGAUUACCAUUCCAUUUUCUGGUGCAUUUGGUGUGAUAAAGCACAGGCUUGAGCAGAUAUAUGAGAGUGUGGAGUCUGGAACUGAUGAGGAGUCUGGGUCUCCAACAUUGCAAGUGCAUGAGCUGGUAACAGUGAAACAAGAGUCUGAUAGACAUAUUUCACUUCACUGGACUGCUGACCCCAUAAGUGAUAUGGUAUCUGAUUCUAUUGUAGCUUUGGUUUUGAACAUCAGCCGGGAGGUUCCUAAGGUAAUAGUCGAGUCAGAGGACAUAAAAUCGGAGGAAGAAAAUGAGAAAAAAGCAGAGAAGGUGAUUUAUGCACUCCUUGUUUCACUUUUUGGAGAUGUGAAACUCGGGGAGAAUGGAAAGCUGGUCAUAAGUGUUGAUGGGAAUGUGGCUGAGCUUGACAAACAGAGUGGGGAUGUUGAGAGUGAGAAUGAAGGUCUCAAGGAACGUGUUAGGACUGCAUUUAGGCGAAUUCAAAGUGCUGUGAGGCCAAUUCCGCUCUCUGCAUCUUAG